CUCGAAAGACCCAGCGUUUCCUGUUUCUCUGGAAGAUUUUUCGCCGUCAUUGCCUCUGCUAAAUGGUGUCCGAUAUUUCAGGCGGUAACGUGUCUGCUCCAGUUCGUGGGGCUAGUGGCAUUAACCGGCGUUCUAGUCUGCCUCGUUGCCGUGUUGCGUUUGGUGGAACUGGCCAUCACCCUGAUCAAUCCUUUCACUAUUUUUAUGCUUCACCAAUCGGGCAAGAUAAUCAUUUUUGGGCUGAAGAAGAGUAAAAGGCUGACAUCCAACGCUUACCAUAAGAUUCGCAUGGAUCGUGGACGUGCAUCUAUCUUAGAAUUAGAGAUAGGUAUACGUCAACCGGAAGUGCUUUACAACAGAAACGUGAUGUCAGGCUUGUUGGAAGAAACGUUCCCUCGCGAGGGUGAUAACUACAGGGUCGUACAAAUGUCACAAGUGGCUAUCGUCGGUCAGGAUGACGAGGAGCAGGACGAGGAAGAGAUAAAAGUUCACGGUCCUGACGAGGUGGAAGUCGAGAAGGUUGACGAGGAUCGAGAAAUCGAAAAGGCUGAUGAUGAUCGUGAAACUUAAAAAUCUGGUUCCGAGGAAAUUGGAUAGACCAGCGACAAGGAAGCAAACGAAACACU